GCCACGCGCACUCUCCUCUCUGACAUUCCGGGCUCGGUGGAGAAGCCGGAGAACCGGAUAGACCAUCCGAUAUUCCUUCGUGGCGACAAAAGCAUCAUUAUCGGCGGCGGGGUGGCGUCCGUCGUCGUCGUCGUCGUCGUCGUCGUCGUCAUCGUCGUCGUCGUCGUCGUCGUCGUCGGCGUUGUCAUCGUCGGUUCGGGGGUGGCGGUGGAAACGCGCGCGCGGCGAGCAAAUUUGCGCGAGUCUAAGGAAGACGCGAAGCGAACCGCCCUCUUCGGACGCGAGGUCCGGAAGACCACCCCCACUUCUUCCCCCUCUCGAUCGGACGCGGGCGCGCGAGCGCGCGCCUCCCUCUUCAUCGCGGGUGCUUAGACAGCCUCGGGAAUCGAAGACACACAUCGAGUUCCACGGGUGGAGAACCCGCGCGGCUCCUACGCGAUUGACCCUUCCGAGCAACGAGGACUCGUCGGAGCGACAGUUUCCGAGCGUCGCGACUACUCCCGGAAAUGACCCGCUUCUCACGAUCGCGUCUUGGUGCCGCGUACUCGGUCGGGAACGUUGAUUAGGUGCGACCUGCAUCCAUCGGUGUGCCAUUAUCGAAACUGUCGCCUUUAUGCCCCUUUGAUCCAAGACAAGAAACGAUCUUUCCUCUCCUCCCCCCACCUCCUUCCUUCCACAUCGUGACAAAUUAGCAAUUCUAGUUUGUGGAGAGUCUUUGGACCGCAAUUUGGGUUCAACAUAGUGCGUCAUGAGACUUAAUCACCAGAACGAGAAAAAUUAGUGUUGAUCGAUUGGGAAGGCCACUAAAUCCUCCAACUGAGAGGCCAGGCUUGACCGAGGAUGUCGUAUAAUCAUUUGAACACUUCCCGGAGUCCGAGGAGUGAUAGUGUUCAGGGUGGCGCGCAAAGUGUUCGCAUUUUGGUGACCGGUGACAGUCGGUGAGGGUGGAAGUGGUCUCGGGGUGUUGGAAUCAGAGGUGGACGAUCUCGAGGAGCUGAUGUCUGUCCCGUAUUUUCCGUGAAAUAGUACUCCCCCAACAAGUCUCAGAGAGCUUCGUAUCGGAGGUCGAUCGUUGAUUGGAUCGGUGUGAUCGGCGACGAAUUCAAAGACUGUAAUCUGGAUUGUUCGGUGUGAGUGAUCUCGAUCGCAGACCCUCUGCGAGUUUGGUGCGCGAGCUGUAUUGAAUUGUCACAUAUUGGAGUGAAGAGACCGAGGUUGAAUAGUCGGGGUGAUUAGUGUGGAUAAUCGGUAACUGGCUUGCUGGGUUCGUCGCCGGAGCACGCGUCAGAACUAUGGUGAUCAUACCGAUGGGAGUGCUUCGUGGAAGGAACGGUGAUACCAACUAGAGAGGAAGAGGAUGCGCUGAGGAGCCGGCUGGUUCGCGAGGUUCGAGAUGUCCGCCGUAACCAGCCCGUAUGGCCCGCCGGACAUGCUUUCCGACUCGGUCUACAACUACGCGACGACCCGACGGGGCGCCGCCGAUCAGGACAGCGACUCCCAGUACGAGACCCAGGCGCAGUUGCAGAUUACCAGCAGCAUACAGAAGCCGCGGAACAAGCGGAAGAACUUCAAGCCUAUAAGCAGCCGGAUGGCGGAGGUGUCGGACGAGUCCGAGAGGGACGAUGAUGAGCCGGAGGUCGUGGAGGAGAGCUCCAGCGAGAUUCUCGAGUACGAGAGGAAGACGAUGCUGUUGCCGGCCGAGGAGAGAUCGAAGCAGAGGCUAAACAACAACGAGGUCAGCCCGAUGGAUCUCUCGGUCACCACCAGGCCGCCCUCCUCCGACGACGACAGUGCGGACUCCCUCAGGCACAAGUUCAUCCUCGAGCAGCUGAGGUCGCAAAAAUUGUAUUCUCCCGGCACCGAGGCGAGAAGUCCAAACUCCGAUUCGUCGGAGAGGAGCGGCAGCGCCGUCUUAGACGCGGAGUCGUCUCGUUUGGACGACCAGGACACCCAGUUCGAGGACGAGCGGGGCAACGACGCGGAUGGCGAGGCCGAGAUCGAGGAGCGGAAGCCCUUCGAGGGCAUGAGGGAAUACGCGGAGUCGACGAUGCAAGAACUCCUAGCGAUCUAUGGGCUGGCAGGAGGCGAGCUGGCGAAGUCGGUCAGCAGGCAACUGCCGCCCACGUUCCUCAACCCGAGUGUUGGUCAGCAGACUCAAGGAAAGAUGAAGGUAAAGGAAGAGAAGGACGCCUCCUCCAUGGCACCCGGAAGUCCACCCACGCCUCCUCAUACCCCGCAAAGUCCGCAACGCGCGAUCCCACCCCUCGGCAACCUGUCACAGUCCUGUCAAACGUCAAACGCGAAUUCGCCGAAUCUACAACAGCAGCAGCAACAGCAACCCCAACAUCAUCAACAGCAACAGCAGAAACAACAUCAAUCUCAAGAGCAACAACAUUCCCUGCACGCCAUGGCCAAUUCGUCCCUGAAUCAAAUACUGGUGCAGAAUCCAGCGCUGGCGCAACUGCUGCAGCAGAAUCCCGCGAUCCUGUCGCAGAAUCCGCAGUUGGCGCAGCUGCUGCAACAGAAUCUACAGGUUCAGAUGGGCAGCGUGCUCUUUCAGAACGUGAGGCGGGAGGAACCCGAGGAAUCCAGAGUACCGCCGACAAUAGCGAGCCUGGCGGCGAUGAAGGUGGAGGCAGCUGACCCGAAGGUUUCCGCUUUAAUCAGACAGAGCAUGUCUCCCGUGGCGGAUUCCUUGAUCGGUGGCUCAAAGACAUCGGUGUCGCAGCCGAUCAUCGAUUACUCCCGAUACGUGAGGAGAUACACCUCGAGUCAGGAAUGCGGCAGUACGUAUUGUAAGGAACUGGGUUGCAGGGAGCACUUUCAUUGUCUGGACUGCAGCGGCCGGGUGUUCGUGAAGAAGGAGGAGAUGAUCAGGCACUUCAAGUGGCACAAGAAGAGGGACGAGUCCUUGCAGCACGGCUUCAUGAGAUACUCGCCGACGGACGAUUGCUCGGAGAGGCAUCCCGGCCGGGCCUGUCCGCACAAUAGAAAGCAAACCCACUAUCAUUGCAUCCACGAGAAUUGCGACAAGGUGUACAUAUCGACAUCGGACGUGCAGAUGCACGCGAAUUACCAUCGCAAGGACUCGGCCAUCAUACAGGAGGGCUUCCAGCGGUUUCGGGCUACCGAGAAUUGCGCGACCGAACAUUGUCCGUUCGUUGGCCAACGGACCACGCACUUUCACUGUCGGCGACAGGGAUGUCGGUUCACGUUCAAGAAUAAGGCCGACAUGGACAAGCACAAAUCUUACCACAUCAAGGACGAGCAACUGUCGCGCGACGGCUUCAAGAAGUUCAUGAAAUCAGAGGCCUGCCCCUUCGACCAGUGCCGGUUCUCUCGGGUUUGCAACCACAUUCACUGUAUACGACCUCAUUGUAGCUACGUUCUGCACUCGUCCGGCCAGCUCUUCUCGCACAAGCGGAAACACGAGCGCCACGAGUCCGAGUUGGCUUACCGGAAGUACAAGCAAGUCAGUACGGUAAGUGGCAUGCGUCCCUCGGGGUCAUGGGCGCCGGACGAAUUGAGCGCUCAGAGUUUGUCCUUAAGUCUGAACGGCGAGAGCUCCAAUGAAGGGAGAGGCUCUCCAUCGUAUUACUCCUUGGAAGACUCCUUCCAAAGCGGCAGCGAUCUCGCUAUGGACCUCACCGCCCCGACCACCACCAUUACGGCCAGCGGAAGUUCCGUUAGUCUUGAUCAACAACAGCAUCAGCAGCCCCAACAACUGACCGCCGCCGAAUUGGCCUACCUAAUGCCCGCAAGUUUGGAAUGCGCGUGCAACGCGGGUCGGGAGCACCAUCAUUGCGGGCUGGACCGUUGUGGCGCUACCUUGAAGGAUCCCCGUGAAGUUCGAGAGCACCUGAAGGAGCAUGAGACGCAGGAGCGCAUAACGGACGCUUUCUUCGAGGAGGGCGGCUGCGAUGACAGCUGUCCGUACGCGGACAAGGAGAAGCAUUAUCACUGCAAUUGGGAGAACUGUCGGGAGGUGAUACUCUCCACCGACAAGCCGUUCCGCAGGCUGCAGCAUUACAAGAUUCACGAGUACAGCCGGCAGUUGAAUCUCUCCUGUUCCUCGCAUACUCUCUCCUCCGACGUCACGUUGACCCACCUGACGAACAUCGACGCGAUGUUCAGGCGGAAGCGCGGCAGACCGCCGAAAAAUCGGGUGAUCGAGAUCUGGUCGGGAGGCGACCCCGCCACGCACACCCACGACUCACCGCAAGCGAUCUUCACGAGUUUCAAGCUGCCGAAACCGCAGACGCCGAGUCUGACGCCCAUUUCGUUGCUGGAGGAGCGAGAGGGCAGCGUGUCGCCCUCGAACAGUCUAGGAGAGCCCGAUGGAUUCGCCACGUACAAUCCAGAGGGAUGCCCGGACACGGCAUGUGCUCUCAGAUUGACCAAGCAUCAUCACUGCUCGCAACCGCGCUGCCAUUUCUCCACCGAACGACCGGAUCAGCUGCUGAUGCACAGCAAGGACUUUCACGACAACGUCGACAUACCGCCGGGUUUCGCCUUCUACGACAAGAUGGUCGACUGCCGGCUGGCCGGCUGUCACAGCAAUCGCGUGAAUCGGCACUUCCACUGCACCCGACCGAACUGCGGCUACUCAUUCGUCAGGUACUCGACGAUGGCGUUACACGAGAAACAGCACUCCGGUCACAGCGAGUCCUGUGCUCAGGAAUCGAGCAAUCAGGAGUGCCAGACGCAACCGCAAUCGUUUGUUCAAGAGACGAAACCCAGGAUUCAAGUGAAAAAUCCCGCCGAAUUAAUCGACAAGCCCGAUGAGACUUUAUCCGCGGGAGACUCGGACAACAGGACGAUGAUCGAUGACAAGGAGUCCGAGCUCGCGAGUCCCGAUAGCUGCAAGACCACCGUGGUGAGGGCGGCUGGCACCUAUUAUCCGGUCAGCGGACCGCCGAGCGAACCCGCACUUCCGGGCGUCGUGCUAUCCAUGCGAGCUUCCGUGCACCAAGAAUCACCGGUCAUGCCCUCGAUGAGCUCAACCUCGCCGCACACCCUCUACGGACCGGAGCAGAGCUGCAGCAGACCGUUCUGCAAGCUGAAGCGCAAGAAUCACUACCACUGCAACGCGUGCAACCAGGCCUUCUCCGAGCUUGAUCGUCUGGUCGCGCACAUAGCGAAACACUCGACCGGUGCUAUCCUCAGCCAGCAGCAGCACGACGUGGUCAGUCCGUCGCCGAAUCAGCUGCAGCACGAUUACAUCGCGCAGUUGUCGCAGAAACACGACUUUAUGACGCAGAACGCUCAGAUGGCGCAGAACAUACAGAAUUUUCAGAACCAGAUGCAGCGACAGAUGCAGCAGACCCUCGGUCAGAUCGGCCAACAGUCGUCGUCCCAAUCGAAGGACAUCAAGCUGGAGAAACCGAGAUGUGGCACCGACAUCGGCGUGCAGAACGUACCGAACGUCAAGCGAGAGCCACCCGAGAGCACUCGGGACGACGGCAACAACCCCGUGGUGGACAGUCACGAGAACGGCCAAUUGCCGCAGCCACCGAUUCCACCUAAUGUGCAGCAACCGUCGGUACCUACCAGCUUCGAGCUCGAUCUCAGCCACGGCUUCCACUUUCCCAGUCCCGCCGUGAUGGCCGCUAUGAAUCAGCAGAUCGCUCUCAUGAAUCAGGCUCUACCGCCGUUUCUUCAGCACGGCGGCAUGUACGCCGGCGGACCCGGCCUGAUGUUUGCACCCGGAUUGCCGCCGACCAACUUCCUCCCACCCGCGAGGGACGAGAAUCCCCUAGCGUCAUUGGCAGCUAAUCUCAAUCUGAACAAGAGAUCUCUUUCACCACCGGAUGCUAACUCGCCCGAAGCGAAGAAGCAACGACUCCAUCACUCUAUGCGGAUGCUGAAGGACGAACCAGUGCCGGAGGGAUACGUUAGGUUCAGGUUCAACGAAGACUGCAGGUACCCCCAUUGCGGCUACAGAGAACAUCAGACUCACUUCCAUUGCAUGCGUCAAGACUGCGGUUACUCCUUCUGCGAUAAGACUCGCUUCGUGCAGCACACCGCGAGGCACGAGCGGCUGGACACUUUAAUGGGGGGUGAUUUCCAACAGUAUCGGGCCAACGUACCCUGCGGACGGGCUCAGUGCGCGUACACGUCGUCUCUCGGCUCAAUGCAGAACAAGGCGUCGCACUUUCAUUGUCUAAAGUGCGACUUUGUCUGCACGGACACGAACAAGGUGGUCGCGCACCGGCGGCAACACGCCAAGUUGGACAGCAUCGCCGCGGCGGGCUUCCAGAAGUUCACCCCCAGUCAACCGUGCGGCGGCGUGCAGUGCCAACACUCCGGCAAGCAGACGCAUUACCAUUGCCUGCAAUGCCAGUACGCGGUGCUGGGCCUGGCGCAAAUGUCGGCGCACAAGUACCGGCACAUGGACACCUAACGAUCUCCCGUGGAAGUCCUGCGCCGCGUGCAGCAGGCUCGAAUAAAGCAUUACCUUGGUCCCUGUAGACAUUCCCCCGAGAGAAUGGCGCGGCCACCUUCCUCCGAGUAGGUGUCGAAACGAGCGGAACCGUUGGUAGGUAGGUAGGGAGAAAGGAAGGAAGGAACCGGAGGCUAGUCAGCGACUUCGUCUCAGCUCGGUGAUCGUCGUCGACAAUUGUUCCGUGAAACAGGAGGUCGAACAGUCGUCCGCGAAACUCCGGAAGGGGCCAAUAAGGCAGAUUCCUAGUCCCUAUAGACAUUCCCCGAGAGAGAAAGAGAGAAAGCGGAAGAAUAAGAGAUCGCUCGAGUGCCUCGAUCGAGGCGUCGUUCCUGCGGACGAUUCGCGGCAACCGGUAGGGGGCUAGUCAGUAACAAUUACCUUCGGGAUAAGUACUACAAAAAUGGAUCGAGAACUCUGAGUCAAGGUACGCCCGCGAUCCUCGCGGCUACAUCGUGGAAACAUUGUUGAGACGACUCGAUCUCUCCGUAUUUAGGAUCUAAAGAACUGGGAACCGUUGAUAAGAAAUCGAGUUACGGUCGUAAUCGAGAAGUCUUUCCAGAGAAGUUUCCGGAAACGGACACGGACGUGAGAUAAAUUCAGCCUGUAUAAGGUUCACACACACACACACACACACACACACACACACACACACACACACACACACACACACACACACACACGUACACACACAUACAGUCGAAUCUCAGAAUAGAAUUCUACCGAUGCCUUGGAAACCGGGAAUCAACGAGGGGCGAACGAAACGUGGCGUAGCACCUAAGACAAUAAUACGAAAAUAAGCCUAUCGCAUAGUUUUAGCACGAGAAAAAGACAAACUAUAUAAUAUUUAAUAGGAGAGAAAAGAGAAAGUAACCCCCGUGUACAUUUUCCUUCGUUAGUAUCAUCCUGUGUACCCUCCGCGUGAGAAUAGACCUUACGACGAUCUAGGUAGGAUAGUCCUAGAUGGUAGGAUAGUCUAAUGCGUUAUCGACGAGGAGGAGAGUGGCGAGCAUGGGAAAGGUAAACAAUACGAAACGGCGGAUCUCGAUGACACGAUAAUCCGACUGAGGCUCUUUCUACGCGUUGCGAAGCCGCGGAAAUCGAUGCAAGCAUCAUAUUGCGUCUUUCAAGCUUUACCGCUAAGAAUGGCGAAAUAAGGGAAAAAUAUCGUCUUGAUCGCGAACAUAAUAAACGCCUAUUGCAUCAUUUAUAUCGGCGGCGUAUUAAUAGAGCGUCUCCAUUGCGCAAUCGAUAAAGAGUAAACGCUGCAACAACUAAGAACAUUUUUCCGGUACUCUUAUCUGCCGAGUCAGAGAUUUUCUUUUUCGAAAUAAUCGCUUUGCGCGGAUUUUUCUGUUGAUAAUUGCAUCCGGAGUCAGUGAGAUCUCAUGAUGACACUUUCUAACGCGAUACAAAAGCCCGUCGGGACGCUGCAGUUAUCUGUUCGAUGACACUGAUACAAAUUGUUACCGUGCGUGUCGCCGCGCGAUGUAAACAAGAUCUCUGGUUUCCAUUCCAACGCUAUUCGCGUUCUCGUGAUGAUAACUGACCCGCCUUAACUGCGUCCGCGAUCAUAUCAUACGAUUAGGAAGUUCCAUUGUGAAACCUUACGAACUUCCGCGCGCGUUCGCUUUAGUAAUUCCAAACUAUCCGCUUAAUCGGUGCAACCGAGUGAGUUGAUUGUGCAAUGACACGACGGCCCGUCGUAAUCUUGAAAACACUCCCAGUAGAAGAGAAGAGAGAACUACGUUUUCCAAGACGAAUAAUCGCAAUUGGAGGGUACGCGGUGAGAGUUAGACAAACAGUAUUGAUAAACCGAGAAUUAACUAGACUGCGGUAUCCGAGAAACAAGGGCGGAAGGCAAAAUGAGAGCGUCGAACGACAUAAAGUCGAGAAAAGGAAAAGUUCGUAAAAUAAUAAGCCGGAUACGGACGAGAAGGCGUAUUCAAAAUGUGCUCUGAACAGCGGCCGUUGAUCGAUAUCACGCAAACCGUUCAAUAUAUGUGUGUAUAGUAUAUAUGAAUUGUGAUUUUUUGUGGCGCGAAUCGUUUGGUCGGGAGAAGCAGAUCUCCCGCACUUGUAUUCCUAGAGCGUGCUCAAUGAUAUUCUGUCCGCUUUCAUUCAAUACAAAGUUCAUUUUUCGCGCGCAGCCUUACCGGAUCGAGAGCAGGUUCGUUUUCCUUCUAUGUUUCAAUUAUUACCUCACAGACGACGGGACGGAGACGGGUGCGCGCAGAAGAUCACGAUAUUCUCUUAUCUUCAAACUUGAGCAAAGUUAAUACACGAUUCGUGUGCGUAGGCAGACGGGGAUAUAUAACGACGCCGGAUGAACGAUAAGGGGUAUCCGGAGAGGUUUGCGCGCGAUUCUCGCACGAAGAAUUGCAGAACACACAUAUUCCUCCUCAAGGCGGAUGACUAUAGAUGUAGCACACGAGGAACAUUACGCGACUGCUCGGCGAGAGGUGCCUUUAGGAUUUUCUCCGAACUUUCGUAGGGCCGUGCCUUAGCGAAAUAACGUACAAAACAGACACGCAACGUAGGAAGUUACUUGUAAUUGCAGCCGUAGUGACGGAAGAAACGAGCCCUAAUCGACGAUCAAAUCGCACAAUCGUGCACAGACCUCGUUAGAUUUGCGGACGGUAGAAUCAAAGUCCGAUCUGAUAUUUCAAAUCGUCUUAACCUCAUUUUUCAGAUAAUCCGUAAGUAAAUGUUGUGGCAUUUUAUCACAUUGUUGAGACCGAUUGUUCUCAGCGUCGCCUAAAUAUCUGUUUCCUUUUCCUGUUUCCUGUUAUUUUUUUCUAUAAAGUGUAAGGAUAUUUUACUCACUCAACAAAAGUGAUUUUACUUGCAUAUCAUUUAUCAAAAUCGAAUUUCAUACAAAAAGUUCUGAAGUAUUUUAAUUUUUUUUAAGUGAACACAACUUUUUUAUUUGUUUAAUUUAUCAAGAUUGAGCUCCAUGGAUACAAGUUUUCAAAAUAUCUUUUUUUUUAUAAGUGAGCGAUUUAUUUUAUAUUUAAUUUAUUAGAAUCGAGCUCUUGAUGUAAUGAAAUGUUUUGAAGUAUUUUUAUUUCUUUCAAGUGUGAUACGCUGUCAACAAUGUUGCACCAGCAGAACAUGAAUUUUCUCGUGGUUAAUAAUGGUUAACAGUGUGUUAAAACGAAUUUAAGAUGGCCUUGAAUAUGAAAUCGCAUUAUGACUACCGUCAACUUGCCGGCAUGAUCGAAUUUCGGAGCGCCGUGAAUUUCGAUAUAGCGGUCGAUCGCGAUUAGAGAAACAAAUCAACGGAAACGUGCUCGGCGAUUACCAUAUCGUCGAACACGGUGAGUUUCUUGGACGGGAUUAUUUUCUAGAUCACUUUAGUUGGCCGACUGGGAGACGGUCGUAGACGUAGCGAGAUUGGAAAACAUUAGUGCCUUAAAUAAUACGUGUCGAACUAGAUGAAACGCCACCGAGCACAGUCGCCAAGAUUUAGAAAACCAUUUUAACGUUUCUAGAAUUUUUUAUGGAACAUGUACGACUCAUUCGGGAGGAAUUGCUUAAUUCUUAAUUCGCGCCACUGACUUCGCCGUUGAGAACCCUUUUCCGAUGCUUCGCGUGUAAAAUUAGAUAUCUCGAGAGAGAAAAGCUCCAUACAUAACUUACGCUCCGCGGAAAGUUCCUUAAAAUCACGGUCAACAAUGUGUGCGCGAAUAAUACGAAGAAACGCGGAUGUCAGCAAAAAUAACUUGUUAUGUCUGCUUUCGCUAGCACGUGAUUUAAUAAUGAUCCCGACAGAAAGUGGAAAAAUCUCACAGAGUUGCAUCAGACAGUAAAAGGAAUGAACUUCAGCACCGUGAAGGAGAAAUUGAUACUUUGUAACAUUAUCAUAACCCAAACGUGUCUGCUCUUAAUUAAGAUGGCGACAUUUUGCUUCUAUCUCGCGUCGCAACGAGUGAUAAUGGUCGCCUGUCUAGUGCUCUAAUUUAUGUCGUAAACAUCGGUCAGCAGUCAAUUUGUAAAACGAUACCGUUUCCCGCCCAAACACCACGCGCGUAAUCGAAAUUCAUAUCCGGCAUCUUUCAGACACGAAUGACACCUUAGGUAGGAGAAAAAUCUCGCGAGACGUCACAUAUCAAAACUACUACCAUUAAUUGUUCCAACUACUGUAAUAAAAAGGGAGAAGUCAUGCUUCAUCAUCAAAGAUGUGUCCUCCUCCAGCAGGAGGAGCGCCGAUUGCGUAUAUUGCGGCAAUAACUGUGAAGUAAAAAAUUAUAAGACACUCUGUACAAAAAAUAUGGACGUUUUGAGUAAUAUAAUGAGAACGAACUAUUUAUUUUAACAAGACGUGUCUCUUAUCCAUUGUGGCCCGUAGUCGGUAAAAGAAAUGAAACAGAUCGAUGGAGUUUUGUGAAGGCUACAACACGGUUUUCACGAAGCUCGCGAAAUAAUCGGGAAAAUUAUAACGUUUGGCGAAUAAUACUCGGUCCUUACGAUUUUCCACUUCACAGUACCGAAACCAGAGAUAGCCGAGUGACAUCGACAUAAUCACGAUGAACCUAGAAGAACCUAGAUCCUUCGGAUCACGCGCGAGUCGAAGGACACAGAGAGACUACAUAGACGUUCUUAAUAGUUUUCUUUUCUUAAAUAUUACAAUAGUAGCAUUCCAUAGCGAGUCGAUAGUCAUCGAUCCUGUCCACGUCGACGGUGCGUCGUCUCUACGCGACGAUUUGGCAAAAAUCGCGGAGAAAGCUCGCCAAUCCCGAUAUCGUGUGUCGCAUUGGCGACGUAACGCGAUAUCGAAGCGGAUACCAAUCCCGGAGGGCGCAGAGAAAAGAGGAGACGAAGAGGAGAGAAGGAAAAACACGAAAGAACGUAUACGCGAAAUCGAAGAUAUCGUUCGCAUCGGGAACGUGGAGAGGCUUCUAGAGCCCAGCCAUUAAACGAGUGCCAUAAAACCACGUUGUAAAAGUCGAAGUACAUUUUUACUAUUGUUAAGUCGAGAGACACUUGCGGGACUACGGAGGAUUAGGCAUGGUCGAUAGACAAAAAUCUGUAUAAUAUUUAUUUAGUGUUUAAUCGACGGGAUGCCCGGGAAGGUAAAGUGCGAGGACGAGGAGAGGAGGGUAGUGGUCGAAAAUGGAGGAUUUACUCGAUCGAAAUAUAAUCGCGACGAGUGAAUUCUGCUUGAAGCUCGGGAGGAAAAUAAAGGAGGAGGUGGAAGAAGAGUUAUUAGCAACGAUAUUUGAUGGUUGCCUUAUAAAUGUCGAACCCCUUUAUAUUACAUACAUAAUAUAUAUAUAAAAUUGGAAUUAUUAUAUAUAUAUAUUAUUAUAUAAUAUAAAAUAUAUACAUAUAUAUAUAUAUAGAUAUGUGUGGUUAUCGUCCGGAAACGACGAAAGCAAAACAAGAGCGGAGCGAAGGAGUUGUAUACCAGUAGAACGUACUGUUAUUCGAAGAAAGCUAGAGAGAUUCUAUCGUAUGUGGUCAUUAGUAUUAAAGUAUCUGCUGUACGGAUCUAAGAGAAAGAAGAAACUAUUAUAUAUAUAAUUUUAUCUAUUAUUAUUAAUAUUAUUAUCUUUUCUUUAUUAUUAUUUUAUUAUUAUUAUUAUAUUAUUAUUAUAUUAUUAUAUUAAUGAUUAUCGAACAACAUCUUAUGUAGCUGUGAUUUUGCUUUUGAAAAGUAAAAAUUAAAAAUAUUUAUAGCAACUGAGA